GGCUGCGAAGCGCGCCAGGGGCGGAGGAGUGGCGAGGGUACAGCCAUGACCCUGCGGGCGGGGGGCGCUCGGCUGCUCGCUGGACUCCUGCUCUUCGCUCUGCUCGCAGCGGGCGCUGCGCCGCUGAGCUGGGAUCCCCCAGAGCCCCGCAGCCGGGCCAGCAAGAUCCGAGUGCACCCGCGGGGCAACCUCUGGGCCACCGGUCACUUCAUGGGCAAGAAGAGUCUGGAAACCCCCAGCCCAUUCCUCUUGGGGACAGCUCCCCACAUCUCUCUGAGGGACCAGAGACUGCAGCUGAGUCAUGAUCUGCCCAGGAUCCUCCUGCUCAAGAAGGUUCUGGGCAUGAGCCUUAACGGCCCAGCACCUCACCCCCAGUACAGGAGGCCGCUGGUGCAGAUGCUGCAGAAGGGAUGCCCCUAAUGAGGAAGAGACGCCGCCGUGACUUAGACUGCGCCCACCCAGGGAAGGUGCUGAGCGGGACCCUGGCGGUGGCCCCAUCUGGAUGUAAACCCUGGGCUCAAGUAUCUUUUACUCCAUUACUGUGAUUUCUGGUUGUGUCGCCAGGAAUAUUGCCCAUGCAGACACAAAUUAUGUCCCUGCUGUAUUUCUUGCUUCCGUGUUGAAGUUGUGAAUAAAACCCUGCUUUUUAUGU